AUGGAAGAUGGUAAAAUGGAAGAUGUAUGUACCUUUAGACAUAUACCUGGUUUACCAGUAUAAAAUUUCCUAGCAUUUGCCAUAAUGAUUACAGUUGUUUUGUUCUCAUAAUUGUUUGACAAUUAAUAAAGCCUAGAUGUGUUUAUUUCUAAUGUACUCUUUGGCAAACCUUUAUGCUCUGUUUAAUGCCUCUUCAUAUCAGAGCCCUCAAAAAAUAUUUCUUUUUCAUUUUUGGCAGGGAGGUUGUGAUGGGGUGGGGGAAGGUCAUGCCUGUAAGUGCUCCCUUUCUGGCUUUCUCAGAUUACCCGGUAAAUUAAGUAUGGGCCAAUCCACUCAGGACUGAUCUUAUUCCCAGUUGCUUUGUUUUAGUGCUAUUUUAAUUUAUAAUUGUGCAUGCCAUUUGUUUGCAUUGUGUAAUAUGUACCGUAUGUCCCACAAGUAUAUAAAAUGAGUGCUUUAUUUUAAUAAACCAAACUGCUUUCUUCAAAUCCUCAACCCAAAAUUAAAUGGCCACUACUAAAGCCAUAUAGUAUGUGCUGUGUAAACUAAGUAUUUGAAUAUUUUUUAUUGUUUAUACUAGAUGUAUUCACAUCUGAUGAUUUGGUGCCUGAAGUUGAUCACUUUAUUAAUGAUGAUCAGUUUGAGACUCAAGGUUAGUAGACUAAGUACUCUAUGGCUAUACAAUGCUCACACAAUAUUUUUCAAUAUUGAGUUAAAUGUAAGUUGAGAAACAUGUGUUAAAUUAAGAUUUGUGCUGUCUUGUAAGGUAUAUAAAAGUUAUUCUGCACCAUUGCUUCUACAUACAAAAAUGUGUAUAUUGUUACUUUUUCUUUAGAUGAUGAUAACCUCACCAUCCUAAUUGGGGAAUGUGAAAAAUUGCUUGAUGAAGAUUCAGUAAUCAGCAACAAAAUAAGUUUAACUGGGACAAGAGGAUGA